AUGGCUACUAUUACCACCACUGCAGCAGCAACCUCAGGUAUCUUUGGGAUCCGGAUUCAAGAUCCGAGACAUGGAACCGGUAGAGUCCAAGCCCGGUUCGGUUUCAGUUUCGGUAAAAAGAAACCAGCUCCACCGCCAAAGAAAUCAAGGCAGGUCCAAGACGAUGGAGACCGGCUAGUUUGGUUUCCCGGAGCAAAUCCACCGGAAUGGUUAGACGGAUCGAUGAUCGGAGACCGUGGUUUCGACCCGUUCGGUUUAGGAAAACCGGCGGAGUAUCUUCAGUACGAUUUCGACGGUCUUGACCAGAACCUCGCAAAGAACGUGGCGGGUGACGUCAUCGGGAUCAUACAAGACUCGUCGGAGAUCAAACCGACGCCGUUUCAGCCGUACACUGAAGUCUUUGGGAUCCAACGGUUCAGAGAAUGUGAGCUGAUCCAUGGAAGGUGGGCCAUGCUUGGUACUCUUGGCGCCAUCGCCGUCGAAGCUCUCACCGGAAUUGCAUGGCAAGACGCCGGAAAGGUGGAAUUGGUAGAAGGUUCGUCGUAUUUGGGACAGCCAUUACCGUUCUCAUUGACGACAUUAAUAUGGAUUGAAGUGUUAGUGAUCGGGUACAUCGAGUUCCAGCGUAACUCGGAGCUGGAUCCGGAGAAAAGGAUUUAUCCGGGUGGGUAUUUUGACCCGUUAGGACUCGGUUCUGACCCGGAGAAGUUGGAUACUUUGAAACUGGCAGAAAUAAAACACUCUCGUCUCGCAAUGGUCGCAUUUCUCAUCUUUGCCCUUCAAGCAGCCAUUACUGGUAAAGGCCCCAUCAGCUUCCUAGCCACCUUCAACAAUUAA